CCAAACAGCUUCAACCGUGGAGCUGCAUUAGUCGAUCACUUACUACAAAAUGGCUGCACAGGCUCCGACGCCGCCGCCGCUGCCGCAGACGACGAAAAGAACGAGAAAGGACGACUGAGAGCUUCGACGGGAGAAGAAGCGACCCAUACAAGGCGAGAAUCGUUUGAUGGAAGAUAAGAAAAAGAAAAAUCAAGACGAGAAGAAAAAGAAAGAAGCCGCUCCGAAGAAGGACACCGAACAGAAAACCAAAGUGCCAGACUCUGCCAAGCUCAACCCCAUCCCUCCUCUGCCCCCCGCCUACCCCAGCGUCACCCCGCCUGUACCCCCAAGCAGUGGCGAUGGCAAGCGCGCCCUCGGCGGAGGCCAGCCUCUCGCCACCUCGCAGACUCCGCUCCAGCAGCGCCACCCGGCCAGAGAGGUGCCACCGCGCUUCCGCCUGCAGGAGCAAAAGCAGCUGCUGAAGAGGGGCCAGCCACUCCCCCCCGGGACCCUGACGCUCACCGCCACAGGACGUCCCGCCACCUCUGGGCCCGCAGCGGCAGCAGUAGCCAGCCACCCCGAUUCCCCCUCAACAAACCUGCCCUCAGAACUGCCCCCACAGAGCAGCCAGGGAACCCAGUAUGAUAAUCCCCUUUGGGGACACCUGCCAGGUGACAGGAGUGCCACAAAUCCUGCAACUUCCACUAUCUCAAGUUGCAGUGAACAACUGAUCAUUGACCAGAAGGACACAGAGGCUUGGCCUUCUAUUACUCUUAGCCAGAAUAAGGCCCCUCAAGGAAGAUGCUGUUUGGAGUCUGACCCUGGUCACUCGACCAGCAGCAGUAGCACUUGUAGUACCAGUAGUAACGGUAGUAGUAGUAGUAGUACUAGUAAUAAUAGUGGUUGGUGUUGUACGAGUAUGGCCACAGGGGCCAAUAGCCAGACAGGCCACUUCCCUGUCAACCACCUAAGCAGUAAGGCCAGCACUGGACUCAGCCCUGCCAAUCAUACUGGAACCAACAUGCACUCAAGCCAGGUUGCAGCCAAUCGCUGGGGCUCUGGGUCUGGACCAUCUCAGUCCUCAGUGGGUAGUGAAGGGAAAAAUGACAGUCCAGCGGGAGGGGGGAGCAGCAGGGGUUGGGGCUCUUCGUCAUCCUCCAACUGUAACUUGAACUUGAACCCUAAUGCUAAUCCAUCCGCAUGGCCCGUGUUAGGCCAUGAUGUGGGUGCAGCAGGGGCAGGCAGCUCAGGGGGAGCCAACAUCAUUUCACCCCCUCAAACUACACCAAACUUCUGUAAUCCUACUGGCCCCCCAUCAUCGCAGACCAGCACCUAUACUGCAGCCAACACUAACAGUAACUCCUCGGGUAUUGGCAGUGCCUGGGGGAGCAUAAUGACCUCUGAUGCAUCAGAGUUGCAACCUUCGCCAUCCACGAAUGUGUCUUUCAGUUCAGAACCUCAGAACCUUAAAACUGAUGGACCAAAUCACAUUAAUAAGCAGGAACAACCGAGUCCCACUCACCACUUGCCAAGUUGGGGCAAUGCAUCCGUUGGCCUGGGUGCAAUGGGUCAACAGUCAUCAGCGGCCAAGCAGGUUAACGGAGAAGAUAAUUCUUCUGUAUGGGGAAUUGAUGGCGAGUCAAAGACACCGUCAUCGAAAGAGUUGUCUGGCUGGGACUCUGGCUGGGGCCAGGGCGGAAGCGGAUCAGGAAAUCCUGGAGGCUGGGGUGAACAAUCCAGUGGAGACUGGGGCAAGAAGCAAACUGAAGAUACCCAAGGAGGCUGGGAUGGCCCCAGCUCUCCUCCCCAGGACCCACCGACUAGUUCUUGGAACAGAGCUGUGAGUACGACUGCUGCCAGUGAGGGAAGCAGUGACAGCAUGGAAGGACAUCCCAGGUCCAAACUCCAUUCAUCCAGAGAUACCCCUGCUCCUCUGUUGCCUGCCCAGGAUCUUGACCCUCGGGUGUUAUGUAAUACUGGAUGGGGACAGACCCCCGUUCGCCAGCACACAUCGUGGGACAUGGAGAAUACUAAAACCAAGAAUGACAGUGCCACUGAAUCCUGGGACUCUCAAACCGGUCCUGAUGCCCAGGGGCCUUCCAAUUCUAACAUGGGUCCCCCACAAAGAACUGACACUGGGAGCAAAAAUGAGGUGCCUGCUUCUCAGGGAGCUUCAGGUUGGGGAGGAAAUAUAGCUGCUAGCAACCAGUCCAGCUCUGGCUGGGGAGAUCAACCCAACACCAUGAAGCCCCCAAGUGGUCCAGGUGGCUGGGGAAAUCUACCAAAAGGAGUUCCCUCCUCCACUAUCCCUAAGAAUAGUGGUCAGUCCUGGGGUGAAGAGAGAUCAACAGGUUGGGAGGGCUCUCAUGGCAAGCCAACGACCCAGAAUUGGGGAGAGCAACCCAAAGCAUCCCACAGCUGGGGCAAUAGUGGACUGAGCAACUCUGCAAAUGACUGGGUAGACCCCGAAGAGAGAAAAAAGAAUCCACCCACCUCUGCCUGGGAGGGAGAAACGGGAGGCUGGAAGGAAACUCCUCGAGGCUGGGGAUUGCCUUCAUCGGGGCAAGGGAUGUCAGGCACUGGAGGCAAAGCGGGCUGGGGAGACCCUGUUAGUUCGCGUCCCAGUGGCCCUUCCCAGGGCUGGUCGGGCAAAUCUCAGGAUGGACCCAGUGGUGGUAUUGGAGGGGGGAUCAGCUCUUGGAGUGGCUCAGGCUCUGUGAAGCAGGGCUGGACCGGCAGUAAGCAGGAAUCCUCCGCUGAACCUACAGGUUGGGAAGAGCCGUCACCGCCCUCAAUCCGCCGCAAGAUGGAGAUAGAUGAUGGCACCUCCGCCUGGGGUGAUCCUGGUACCUAUAACAAAUCCGUCAACCUGUGGGACAGAAACAAUCCAGGAAUGUCUCAAGCUAAAGCUACUACUGGGGGCAAUAACCCCAUUGGCCCCAACAGCAGUCAUCCCCAUUCUCACAAUCACGCUUAUCAAGGACCACCUGCACCUUUACAGAAUCAUGCCCAAAGUUCACAAAACCCAGGACCCACCAGUGGGCCCAUGGAUCCUGUUUUGCAGCACCAGUCGGGGUCAUCUCACAACAGGGGCCCCAUGAUUGCUCAAGGCUGGGGAGAACUCCCCAGCUCCCACACGAAACCCGAAAGUUCUUGGGGGGAAACUACACAUUCAGUCAACGUGGACAACGGUACAUCUGCUUGGGGAAAACCAAGUGGGGGCUCUACGGGCUGGGGCGAUGGCACCCCAGACAACUACAGUAGGGGCAACCCAGCCAUGACAGGUCCAACUUGCAAACCAGCCCCCAAACCUAUGCAAGAUGGAUGGGGAGGCGGAGGUGAGGAGUUGAUCCUCUCCGGAGGUCAGUGGGAUGCAGAGGACGGGGACAUGUGGAACAGCACCGCUUCCCAGGAGAGCAACUCCUCCGCUAACUCUUGGGGAAACGCACCCAAAAAGAUCCCACAAAAGGUCAAAGUUCCGGGGAAGCCAGAAGAUACCUGGAUUAUGAAUCGUCUUAUCAAACAACUCACAGACAUGGGCUUCCCGCGGGAUCCGGCAGAGGAGGCUUUAAAGAGCAACAACAUGAACCUGGACCAGGCCAUGAGUGCCCUGCUGGAGAAGAAGACCGAACUGGACAAGCGGGGGAUGGGGAUGGCCGGACACGACUACAACAACGGGCUUAUCAAUAAACCCUUGAGCUGCCCUCGACCUGCACUUCUCUCCAAAGAACCCUCCUCGGAUCCCCGCUCAUCCUUCAUGGAUAAACAAAUGCAGAGUGGAAUGUUUGGUGGUGGAGCAGCACAAGCCCGGGCCAUGCCCCAGCCGCCUCCUCAGCCGCCAGUGCCGCCUCUCGGCUCCUCUCAGCCUAGUCUACGCGCUCAAGUGCCUCAGUUUCUCUCCCCUCAGGUUCAAGCACAGCUCUUACAGUUUGCAGCAAAAAACAUUGGUCUGAAUCCUGCACUUUUAACCUCGCCAAUAAACCCUCAACAUAUGACCCUUCUGAAUCAACUCUACCAGCUGCAACUGGCUUACCAGCGUUUACAAAUUCAGCAGCAGAUGUUACAGGCACAGCGCAACGUUUCCGGACCCAUUCGACAACAAGAGCAGCAAGUUGCACGUACAAUCAAUAACAUGCAGCAGCAGAUCCAACAGCACCAGCGUCAGCUGGCCCAGGCUCUGCUAAUGAAGCAGCAACAGCAGCAGCCUCCCCACUCCCACACGGGCCUACAUCACGGCGGGACCAAAUCCACCCUUGAUUUAUUUCCAGGCCACCCCCAGGCUCCGGGCCUCCCUGACCUGCAGACCAAAGAGCCGCAGUCUUCUCAAAACACCUACAGCCCGUAUUCGCUCUCUGGACUGAAUCCAAACAUGAAUGUAAACUGCAUGGAGGUGGGCAUGUCGAUGAAGGAUUCACCCCAGCCUCAGUCGCGCCUGUCACAGUGGACGCACCCCAACUCCAUGGAAAGCCUCUCUGGAGGCUCCUCUCCCUUGGAGCCCAACCUGAGCAAACAUGGUACCACCCUGGGCCCUCCUGGCAAGCCUCCCCAGCUGGAUGACUCAUACAGCCCCUAUAACCUGAUGUCCAGCUCGGAGUCUCCCACCAGUCCUCUUGUGCCCCCAGACAGUUGGGGUCAAGGGAAGGGCAGUAGUGACAAGAUGGCCAACGGGACGAACAUCAACUGGCCGCCAGAGUUCUGCCCAGGCGUUCCAUGGAAGGGUCUCCAGAAUAUCGACCCGGAGACGGACCCCAACAUGACGCCUGGUAGUGUCCCAAGUGGUCCCACUAUCAACACUAAUAUCCAAGAUGUCAACCGCUACCUGCUGCGAGACAGAAGUGCAGGUAAACUGUCAGAGAUGAAAUCCACUUGGUCCCCAGGUCCCAUCUCCCACAGUCAGGCCUCUCUUUCCCAUGACAUGUGGAAGGUUCCACAGGGACCCCGGAGCAGCUCUGCAGCCCCCUCCCGCCCGCCGCCCGGCCUCACAAACACCAAGCCGUCCUCAACGUGGGGGGGCAACUCUCUGGGUCUGUCCCAAGGCUGGAGCAGCUCUUACACCACGGCAGGCACCACGUGGAGUACAGACAGCUCUCCCAGGACCAGCAGCUGGUUGGUUCUGAGAAACCUUACUCCACAGAUUGACGGUUCAACUCUGCGUACACUGUGCAUGCAGCACGGCCCGCUCAUCACAUUCCACCUCAACCUGACACAGGGCAACGCUGUAGUGUGCUACAGCUCCAAGGACGAAGCUGCCAAGGCUCAGAAGUCCCUGCACAUGUGCGUGCUUGGGAACACCACCAUUCUCGCCGAGUUUGCCGGAGAAGAGGAAGUCAAUCGCUUCUUUGCACAGGGCCAGUCGCUCGGCGGGACAACCAGCUGGCAGGCCACUCCGGGCGCCAAUCAGACGAGGAUGGGCGGGGCCGGGUCGGGAGCCUCUCACCCCAUCGGCCACACCCCCCACUGGAACAACAACAACAACGGCAGCGGAGGCUCCGGUGCCGCAAAGGCGGGCGGCGAUCUGCUGUGGGGUGGCGUGCAGCAGUAUUCCAGCCUGUGGGGGCCCCCUAGUGGAGAGGAGGGUCGGGUGAUGGGAAGUCCCAGCCCAAUCAAUACGCUGCUGCCUGGAGACCUGCUGAGCGGGGAGUCCAUAUAAGGACAACGGAGCAGAAACCUUGCAAAAUCAAGAUGGAGAUAAUCAGCAUGGGAGUAACCAAUGAAGGUGAGGGAGAAGGUGUGACGUGUCCAUAUCCUCGCUACUCCACCUCAUCGCCUUCCUGUGCUCCCCCUUUUUUGGGGGGAGGCGGUGUGGGCUCAAGUUGCAGUUCUGUGAAGUGAAAAGUCACAGCGUUGAGCUUUUACACUUGGAGACACAGGAAGAUGUCUUUUAUUCAUAUUCAAAAAAAAAAAAAAAAACAAAAAAAAAACUUUUUACACGCGUCAACGCGUCGAGUGAAACGUGUACAUGUACCGUCGCAGUGACGAGCUGCCAUCUUUAACUCUGCUUAAUCCCUCUCUGCCUUUCCGAGGCAAUCAUACUGCACCUCAGAGACUCGCGAGAAGGCAUCAUUCCCAAAGUUUAAAAAAAAAAAAAAGUCAAUCAGAGCACUGGUUGUACUCUUCGGCUGUUCUGGACUCUUAGCACUAAUCUUGGCCUUAACCUCGUUCCCACCCUUCUUCCCUCACUCACUCCGUAACUCGGUGAAGAAGCAUACGGACCCUUGCACACCCCCUUAUCUCUGAGCCAGUGGAAGUCGAGCGGAGAGUACAUGCUGCUGCGGCCUAACGGAAGCAACCACAGCUCCCGUCUACAAACAGUGCAGAGCCCCCCCCCCCACACUCAAACGCUCUCAAAGGGAAUGAUGCAACUCUGUUCGCCUUGUUCAAGCCAUUUAUUUUUGUAGAGCAUUUUGUUUUCUUUCUUGAACCAUUGCAAACAAAUUUUUAAAAAAUGCUUUUAUUCAAACAUGUUCGGGGGGGGGUAUGUGGGGAAGAUGUGACGGAAAAAACAAAAUGAACCACUGCUAUUACCAUGGAGCUGUAACAACUAGAAGGAAAAAAAAACAAA